AUGAAGAAAUUGCAUGAAAGAGAGAAUGAGGAUAAGAUCUAUCAAAUGUUGAUGGGGUUGAAUGACAGAUAUGAGCCUGUUAGAAGUGAGAUACUCAGGCAAGAUCCACUUCCGAGUCUGGAUGACAUUUAUGCUAAGCUUUUGAAUGAAGAAGCACAAAGACAGGUUAGCAAUGUGGUUGCCAUUCAGCCUGAAAAUGUGGCCAUGAUGACAAGACCAACAGAAAACGUUUUCCGGACUGGUAUGAAGAGAAAUACAGGAAUGCUACUCAAGGAUCACACUCUACACAAGGACGGCAAGGUUCUUCUGUCAAACAGGGAGGCUAUCAGCAAGCACAUCUGGCUGACACACCUGUGGAAGUUUCUGUGGGAAGCAACUUACAUGGCAAUGGUAAUGGUGAAGGUUGGCAGGCUGCAGUAG